UUUCUAUUUCUCUCUCUAGAUAUCAUAAAAAAGUAAUAUACCACCCCCCUCUCUCUCUACAAAUCUUUUUUAAACAUAUAUUUCCUCCAUUACCAUCUUUCUUUAUUAUUCUUCAUCUCUUUCUCCUUGUUUCUCUCCCCUUUAGAUUUCCAUUUCUCCUCUUGAUCUCUAUAUCUAUAUCAUAUAAUAUGUCAAACAACAAUCUAGACUUGAGCUCAACAUCCCCUUUCUCUCUUCAAAACCUCCAACUCCAAAUCCCAAAGGAUUAUCAUUCCGAAGAUGACACCAACCAACACACUCCGGGCUCUGGCCGUGUGGGCGACGCAUCAGGACGUCGCCCACGCGGCCGCCCUCCGGGCUCCAAAAACAAACCCAAACCCCCAGUCAUCAUCACUAGAGAAAGCGCCAACACCCUCCGCGCACACAUCCUAGAAAUCAGCAACGGUUGUGAUGUCUUUGAGUCCAUCGCCAAUUACGCCCGAAAACGUCAACGAGGGAUAUGCAUAGUCAGUGGUAACGGCACCGUUAACAACGUUACUCUUAGGCACCCUACAGCCGCUGGAUCUGUCCUCACACUUCCCGGACGGUUUGAAAUUCUUUCGUUGUCGGGAUCCUUUUUACCGCCACCUGCGCCGCCAGGGGCUACUAGUUUAACCAUAUAUUUAGCUGGUGGACAAGGGCAGGUUGUUGGUGGUAAUGUUGUAGGCGCUUUGAUUGCAUCUGGGCCAGUGAUUGUAAUAGCUGCUUCUUUCACUAACGUGGCGUAUGAGCGGUUGCCGCUCGAUGAAGAUGAGGCGGCUGCAAGCGGAGGAGGAGAUGGUGCGGACGCGUUUAAUGACCCGUCUUCGAUGGGUUUACCGUUUUUUAACUUGCCAGUUAACAUGGCUAAUGUUCAGUUACCGGUGGAUGGUGGUGGUGGUUGGUCUGGGAACAUGGGGAACCGGCCGCCGUUUUGACGGAGUUAAAAAGUAUGCUUCUUAAAGGAAGGUCAGAUAAUUAAUUAAAUUCCGCAGGUUAUUAUUUAACCUUGUACAAUUAAAUUAGGCAGAUGAUGUUUAAAGAUUUGGAUUUGGAUUUGGAUUGAGUUAUGUUUAUUUUGAUGCUAUUGUAUGAUGCUGCGUUUGUCGAGAUCGCAUUUUUUUAUUAUUA